GCGCGGAGCGGACAUGUGCAGGCUGGGCUAGGAGCCGCCGCCUCCCCCCCCGCCCCGCGAUGUAUUCAGCGCCCUCCGCCUGCACUUGCCUGUGUUUACACUUUCUAUUGCUGUGCUUCCAGGUUCAGGUGUUGGCAGCCGAGGAGAACGUGGACUUCCGCAUCCAUGUGGAGAACCAGACGCGGGCUCGCGAUGAUGUGAGUCGGAAGCAGCUGCGCUUGUACCAGCUCUACAGCAGGACCAGUGGGAAGCACAUUCAAGUCCUGGGCCGUAGGAUCAGUGCCCGUGGCGAGGACGGGGACAAGUAUGCCCAGCUCCUAGUGGAGACGGAUACCUUCGGGAGUCAAGUCCGGAUCAAGGGCAAAGAGACAGAGUUCUACCUGUGUAUGAACCGAAAAGGCAAGCUCGUGGGGAAGCCUGAUGGUACUAGCAAGGAGUGCGUGUUCAUUGAGAAGGUUCUGGAAAACAACUACACGGCCCUGAUGUCAGCCAAGUACUCAGGCUGGUACGUGGGCUUCACCAAGAAGGGGCGGCCUCGCAAGGGUCCCAAGACCCGCGAGAACCAGCAAGAUGUGCACUUCAUGAAGCGUUACCCCAAGGGACAGACUGAGCUGCAGAAGCCCUUCAAGUACACCACAGUUACUAAGCGAUCCCGGCGGAUCCGCCCCACUCACCCCGGCUAGGUCCGGUCACACUCGCCCCCCAGAGAACUACAUCAGAGGAAUAUUUUUACAUGAAAAAUAAGGAAAAAAAUCUCUAUUUUUGUACAUUGUGUUUAAAAGAAGACAAAAACUGAACCUAAAAGUCUUGGGGGGAGGGGUGAUAGAUCCCACUGUUGACCUGAACCCCAUGACGAAGGACUCACACAAGGGGACCACUGUCAACCCACAGGUGCUUGCCUCUCUCUAGGAGGUGACAAUUCAAAACUCAUCCCCAGAGGAGGACUUGAACGAGAAAACUGACGCUGCGAGAAACCAAAGUCCUUUCCCCCCAAAGGUUCUGGAAGCAAACAAAA